AUGCUGAUACUCUGGUCAAUUUGCGGCGUACCGUUUGGUGUAUAUGCGAUUGUUCAGAACUUCAACUUCGCCCUCCAAUUCCAACCUCAAGCUUUCGCCAGUCUGACCCUAAUCGCAUGGGGCCAAACACUCUACUACCACAACAAAUGGCGGGUCUGGACAGCUACUCUGGCGACCAUCGCUCUUGCAGCUAGCUUCGGUAUCAUGGAACUUAUCCUCAUUCUUACACUGCGCGGUCCAUACAGCCGCGGUGUCGAAUGGCCCAUGAUGCUAAUGGCCAUCUCCGCAUCUGUCAUCCAAGUCAUCGGUCUAAUCCCGCCAUACUUCGAGCUCGCCAAGCGCAACGGCCGCGUCAUCGGCAUCGACUUCUGGUUCCUCACCAUCGACUACCUCGGCGCCUUCUUCUCGCUCAUGGCCGUCGUCGCGCAGCAAUGGUUCGAUGCUCUCGGCGCCAGUCUAUACAUCGCCUGCAUGGUCCUCGAGACUGGCAUCUUUGCCAGCCAAGCGGUCUGGCUAUGGCGUGUGAGACAUGUGCGCAAGGAAGCUAAGAAGGCGGGCAAGACGUAUGAUGAAUACGUUGCUGAGAACAGCGGCAAGAAGCUGCCGAGGUGUGGGAGUGAGGAGACGUUUGUUGAUGUUGAGAUGGGGUGUGAGAAGAAGACGACGAUUGGAGGUGGAGAGUACGAUGCUGGUACGGUUGAGAAGGCGGCCGAGAAACCUUCCACGACCCAAGAGGAACAUAUCGAUGCCACCGAGGCGACUGCGACUCCUGCAUCGACGUCGACUACCACAUUAACGCCCAUAUUCACUUCGAUGACAACAGCGCCAUCACCCGACACACUCCAGGCCCCCCCUGCUGCCGUCCUAAAAAACGACACGUCCGGUUGA